GCGCAGGUCCCGGUUGUGCGCGCGCCCGCCGCCGGUGCAGCUCCUCGGAGCGCUCUGCCCUCGGGGUCGCGGCGCCCGUACCUCUCUGGGUCUGCUGUCGCCUAGCACACCGGGGCCCGGGAGCCGGGUUGGGGCAGGGACGGGAGCCGAGGGACAGCGCCUGGAGCAGGUGCCCUGGCAGAGUCAUGGAGCUGAGCACAAAAAAGAAGCUUCACGCCCUGUCCCUGGCUGAGAAAAUCCAGGUGCUGGAACUCCUGGAUGAGUCCAAAAUGUCCCAGUCAGAGGUGGCCCGGCGCUUUCAGGUCUCCCAGCCCCAGAUCUCACGCAUCUGCAAGAAUAAGGAGAAGCUGCUCGCAGACUGGUGCAGUGGUACAGCCAACCAUGAGCGCAAGCGGAAGCGCGAGUCCAAAUACAGUGGGAUCGAUGAGGCUCUGCUCUGCUGGUACCACAUUGCCCGAGCCAAGGCCUGGGAUGUGACAGGGCCCAUGCUGCUCCACAAGGCCAAGGAGCUGGCCGAUAUUAUGGGCCAGGAUUUUGUGCCCAGCAUUGGCUGGCUGGUCCGCUGGAAACGCAGAAACAAUGUGGGCUUUGGGGCUCGCCAGGUCCUUGUCCCUCUGUUCCCUCCUGAACCACCUCCCCCUGGGCUUCCAUCCCAGGCCCAGCCACCUCUUUCCCUUAAAGACUUCUCACCAGAAGACGUUUUUGGCUGUGCCGAAGUGCCCUUGUUGUAUCGGGCAGUGCCUGGCAGAGUGUUUGCAUGUGAUCGGUUGCAGGUACUGCUGUGUGCCAACAGCAGAGGCACAGAAAAGCGAAGGGUAUUUGUGGGUGGGCUCGAGGCUGCCCCGCGAUGCUUCUUUGGGGUCAACAGUGAGGCACUGCCUGCCUCUUAUCACCCUGAUCUAGCCAUCCCCUGGUCAGAGUGGUUGGCCCAGUUUGACCAGGACAUGGGACAGCAGGGCCGACAGGUAGCCUUGCUCUUAGCUGCCGGAGUGGCGGAGGAAUGGGCCAGCCUUCCUGGGCUCCACCACGUGCGACUCCUGCCUCUCUCUGCCUCCAGCACCACUCCUUCCCUGCCUGGCUCUGUGGUUUUGGCCUUUAAGGCCCAUUACCGUCACCGUCUGCUGAGCAAACUGGCUGCCAUGCAGAGUGGGAGAGAGGGCACCUCAGUGGCUGGAGCCAGGGCCAGCAUCACGGUAUUAGAUGCUCUGCAUAUGGUGGCUGCAGCUUGGGCCAAGGUGCCUCCUCAGCUCAUUUUGAGCAGCUUUGUUCAGGAAGGGCUCGCUCCAGGCAAAACGCCGCUGUCUGUGGACAAAGACACAGAGAUGUCUCCAGUCCCUAGUGGGCUGGGUCGGGAGGAGUUGUCCCACUUUGUGGACCUGGAGGAUGAGGGUUCAGGGCCUAGAGUGUGCAAAGAGGAAGCUAGUACUGAAGAUAACCGGAGGGACGAGGCCUGCUCUGACUCCCUGCCCACCAAAGCUGAUGCCCUGAGGGCACUGUGCACCUUGAGGAGGUGGCUUGAAUGUAACGGCGCCUCUCCAGAGCUCUUUGAAAAAUUCUACGAUUGUGAGGUGGAGGUGGAGCAGCUCUGCUGUCUGUGAGGAAGCAUGGUAGCCUGCAGAAUGGCCCUCUCCUGUUUCCCAUGGAAACGCCUCUCCAGAGGCAGACUGGCUCUUUCCUGUGGAAAUGCGGCAUGGAGGGUGUAGAAGGGAAGGGACUGGGGACUCGAAGUCUGAGGUCAGAGUUAAAGUUGUUCAAGCCCAGACCCUGGAGUCUCCAGAUGGGGCCUCGCCAGGGGAAUCUGGGCUGUGGAGCUUCUCGGUGUGCUGGGGGAGUUAGUCUAGAGAGGCUAGAACCUAGAAAAGUGGACUUCUGACAGGUGGCUCCCUCCCUUAAGUUUUGUGUCAAAACCAAAUCUGCUU